UUUUUCCUUCGACAAUUCACACCAAUUUACUUCUUCUCUCUCUCUCUCUCUCUCUCUCUCUCUACUGUGAAGCACCAAGCUCAACUCCAUUUCAAUCCCAAUGCAAAAGCUCAUUGGUGUUACAACAAUAACCUCUUAAAAACCUCAACUUUUCUCUUAUUCUGAAAGAUCACAAAAUUCAGCAAAAUGGGUGCUAAUUAUUUCCUCUUAACUUUCUUUUCUCUAUUUCUUGCAUUUUCUUGUACUAUCAAACCUAGUAACGGAAAUGCAGAAGUAAGAGCUUUAAUGGAAAUAAAGUCUACUUUAGACCCAGAAAACAAGAAACUUUUUUCAUGGACAAGUAAUGGUGAUCCAUGUAGUGGUGCUUUUCUUGGUGUGGUUUGUAAUGAACAUCAUAAAGUAGCAAAUAUUUCAUUGCAAAGUAGAGGACUUACUGGUAAAUUGUCACCAGCAAUGGCGGAAUUGAAGUGUUUAUCUGGUCUUUACUUGCACUAUAAUUUGUUGUCUGGGGAAAUACCAAAGGAACUUGGGAAUUUGACUGAGUUGAUUGAUCUUUAUCUUAAUGUCAAUAAUCUUUCUGGUACUAUACCACCUGAACUUGGUAGCAUGGAAAGUUUACAAGUGCUGGACCUGAGUAGUAACCAGUUGACAGGGAGCAUACCAACAGAGAUUGGGUUCUUGAAAAAAUUAAGUGUUCUUGCAUUGGAACAUAACACAUUAACAGGUGAAAUUCCAUCAAAUUUAGGAAUCCAAGGGAUGCUGAAAAGGUUAUAUUUGGGAUUCAAUCAACUUUCUGGUCCAAUUCCAUCAAAAUUAGCUGCUGCUCCCCAAUUAGAAGUUCUAGAAAUACAAAACAACACCUUUACUGGAGUUGUUCCUCCAGCUUUGAGGAGAUUGAGUGGAAAAUUCAAUUAUGAAAGCAAUCCUGGUUUAUGUGGUACUGGAUUUACUUCAUUGAGAGUUUGCACUGCCUGGGAUAAUGUCAAUGUGAAUCAAGUUGUUCCCAAUGGAGAUCCUAAUACCAAUAAUAACGGCGUCCCUAAAGAUGUUCCAGAAACGGCUAAUGUUAGUCGCUUACAUUGUAAUAAAACUCAUUGUUCAAGAUCAUCAAAAUUUCCUCAAGCAAUUAUUGUUGCUUCAGUGAUUACAGUCACUGUAACUUUGGUAGUUGCUGUAGUUUUCGGUAUAUUUAGGCGUAGAAGGCUUAAACAAAGAGUUGGAAAUACAUCUGAUGCAUCUGAUGAUAGGCUUAGUACUGAUCAGACAAAGGAAAUAUAUAAGAGAAGCCCCUCGCCGUUACUUACUGUUGAGUACUCAAAUCAUUGGGACCCUAUGACUCCAGAAAAGAGUUAUGGUAGCAUGAGAUACGAGUUCUUACAUGGAUUUAAGUUCAAUCUGGAAGAAGUUGAGUCUGCAACUCAGCAUUUUAGUGAGGUAAAUCUAUUGGGAAAGAGCAACUUCUCCGCUGUCUAUAAAGGAAUUUUAAAAGAUGGAUCGAUAGUAGCUGUGAAAAUGAUCAGUGUGACGAGUUGUAAGUCGGAGGAGACUGAGUUUAUGGAAGGAUUGAGCUUAUUAACCUCACUGAAACAUGAAAACCUAGUCAAAUUAAGAGGUUUUUGUUGUUCAAAGGGAAGGGGUGAGUGCUUUUUAAUCUAUGAUUUUGCUUCUAAAGGCAACCUCUCUCAGUAUCUUGAUGUUGAAGGAAACAGCAGCCAUGUUCUUGAUUGGUCCACAAGAGUUUCAAUCAUCAAGGGGAUUGCUAAAGGUCUAGGAUAUCUGCACAGCUCUGAACCGAACAAACCUUCGAUGGUUCAUCGCAACAUAUCAGUGGAGAAAGUCCUCCUUGAUCAACAGUUCACUCCACUAAUACUGGACUGUGGUCUACUAAAGCUACUUGCUGAUGAUGUCGUUUAUUCAGCGCUUAAGGUCAGUGCUGCGCUUGGAUAUAUGGCUCCUGAAUACAUUACGACUGGACGCUUUACAGAAAAGAGUGAUGUAUAUGCAUUUGGAGUAAUUAUCCUUCAAGUACUAUCUGGUAAAGGACUUCUUGACUGCUCAAUGCGACUUGCAGCUGAAUCUUACAACUUUGAGAAUUUUAUUGACCCAAAUCUUAAGGGAACAUUCUCUGUAAGUGAAGCAACUUUGCUUACUAAACUUGCAAUAAGUUGUACUCUUGAGGAUCCAGACAGUAGGCCAAGUAUGGUUUCAGUGAAUGAAGAAUUGAACAAGUCCAGUGGUGGCUGAAAAACGAAAAACAAGGUCUUUUUCCACGUUGAAAAUUGCUGCUGAUUAUUAACAAUAGGAAGAAGUACCAUGGCGAUAACGACUGCAGUUUUUGGAUGGAUUAUGUUAUGCAACAUCACUUGAUCUUCUGUAAAUAAAGAAGCAGAUUGAACAGAUUCUUUGGAAGGUUUGAAGGUGAGAUUGGGACGUUCGUUUGGCGUCUUUGAUUGAAGCUCACAAGAGAUAAAGAGGAAGCUAAUGAACUUGUACCACUAUCUGAUCUUUUGACAGUAUUUCAAUGUAUUAUUCAGGGUCAAUAAUCUAAUGGAUGCAUUCUUUUUACUAUCUCA